AUGAGUGUGGAACUCCCACCUAAUAAACGAAAAAUGUAUCCGACACGGAUACAAACUAUAAAGACAGAUCAUUUAGAUAAUCCAUCAAAAUCAAUACAGAGUGAUAUACAAAUUGAAACAGCUAAUGAUAAUAAUAAUGAUGAUGAUAACCAUACUGGGAUUACCAAGAAUAAGAAUAAGAAUAAUAAAAAUAAAAAUAAAAAUAAAAAUGAGCUUAAACGAUCGUCUCCUUUUAAUACAGAUCAAGAUAAACAAGAUAUCAACAAUGUUGAUGAUCAUGAUUUUAAAUUUAAAAGACACCGAAUAAAAAAUUCAAAUGAUAUACCGUCCCUAGGUGAACGACUGGAUAAUUUACAAGAUAUUAAUAGGGCAAGAAGGAUAGAUAACUUUAAUUCAUCAAUACAGGUCCCACCUUCUUCAAAAGCUGACAAUCGUACCAAUAAUACUGACCACGUUAAUAUACCGACCGAUCAUGCAUCUGUAUCGCAACUGCGACAUCAACAACAAUUGAAAAAACAAGUCGAUAAUCCAUUCCAAGCAAGUGGAUCUGUUUCAUCGGAUUCCUCAACUGGGAACGACGGAAUGAAUAUCCAGAAUGCUGCUCCUGGUUUAGGCCCAACUCCAUAUAUGCCUUAUAUGUAUUAUUAUCCUCCUCCUCCUCCUCCAGCUCAGUUACUACCGCCGAACAGUAACUUUAGUCCUAAAAAUUAUCAAUCUUUUCCUCCUUCAUUUCCUCCUCCACAUCCACCAUUUUCAGUGCCGAAUUAUCUAUUAUCACCAGUUCAAAAUUCACAAUAUUUGCCAAAUUCAUCGUUACAACCAUUUUAUCCCACAUCUAAUCAAAAUAUGAUGAUGACGAGUCCCAUGUAUCCAUCAUCAUCUUCUCGAAUACCGUCAUCCUCCUUACAAACACAGGCACCACAACACUUAUUACCACCUGCAUCAUUAUAUCCAUAUGAUAUCGCAUAUCAAAAUUAUCAUCAAACAAAUUUAACAAAUCAAACAAGGAAUAAAAGGAAAUCACUAACUCAACAAAGGGGUAAAAGAUUAUCAAUAUUAUCACAAGAUAAUAAUAAUAUAAUAUCACCACAUAAGGAUAUACCACAAGAUGAAUUUUAUAAACAUAUUGCUAAUAUUUCAUUUGGGAAAAAUUUACAAUUGAAACAAUUGUUUAAUUGGUGUAUGAUUAGAUCAUUAGAAAUUUUACAAUCAAAAUCAAAAUCAAUAUCAAAAUCUAGAGCGAGACAGAAUAAUACUACUGCGAAUAAUAAUAAUAAUACGGAUAUGAUUACUUUGAAUAUUAUUAAGAAUUUCGUCACUGAUUUGAGAAGAGGUAUAAUUGAUAUAGAUUGGGAACCAGAACCUGUCGAAAAUGAGGAUGAUAAUGAACAAGAGAAUGCGGAUGAUGAUGAAGAAGAAGAAGAAAACGAGGACGAAAAGGAAGAUUUGACGAAUGGUUUUGAAUCAUAUGAAGACACAGAAUUAAGACAAUUAUUCCCAGAUGAUACGACAACAAUAAGAAGAAAACAGGAAGAAGCAAUCAUGAAUAAGAAUAGGAAACAAAAUCAGAGUAAUAAAAAGACAAUGAAGAAGAAGACCAAAAACAAGGUCAUACGAAGUGCUGUGACGAAUGACGUGGAUGAUGAUUGUUAUAAUAAUAAUAAUUAUAAUAAUAACAAGAAAAAGAAGAAAUUGUUACCAAAUUCUAAAAAUGUUCAAAAUUUGAACAAUUUGAAUAUAUUAAACGAAAAAAUUAAUAAAAUUAAAUCAGAAAUUGACCAAUGGGCAACUUCACUAGAUGCUGUUGAUCCCGAAUUUGGCUGGAAAUAUAUCAAGUCUAUUGUAAAUGACAAUAUCGAUGUAGACGUUGAGAACAACCGAAAAGAAGAUGAGUUGUCGAUAAAGACGAAGUCAACACAAGUGGAACCAGCAGAAAUGAUGUCAUCAUUGUAUGAAGAUUUAAUGACCAAGUUAGAUGCUUUACAUAUGAAUUCACAUUAUGUUAACUCUCAUUCAACUGCAUUAGAUAAGAUAUCUUCUCAAAAGUUACUAAAAUUAUCAGACCAUAUCAAUGAGAGCAAUAUGCAUAAAAGGUAUGAAGAUAACAAUGCUAAGAACGGACGUGUUGAUAUGAAUAAAUUAUUAUUACGUGGGUUAAGUGAGUCAAUCUUAAACAAGAAGCAAUUUUUACAAGAACAACAUAGAAGGUAA